AUGGGGCCGUACAUCCGCGUGAAGAGAAGGAACCAGACCGUGUUCCUGGACGUGCAGCUGGCUGACUCGUUCCUCAGUGUGAAGGAGAAGCUGGGCUCGCUUUUUCACCUUCCGCCCACGAGUAUCCAGCUGUGGCAAGGACUCAACCAGGUCGAUUCCGACCUGUGGGAAGACUUGAGUGUGACGAAGGUUGAAGCUGUCGAUGCUGGAGAUGCCUCGCCUGGUGGAGCUGCAGGAAGUGAAGCCAAGGCUGAGUGAAGGGAAGAUUAUUAAGUUCGGAGAAUUCGCUUCAUCAGCAGCAAAAAAAAUUACAGGAGGAGCUCGCAGGCAUUAACAGAAUACCCGGACAGGAAGUAACUAAUAGUGUUUAUGAGUCGACUGA